AUGGCUAGUGAUAUUGCACAAAUACAAAAAAAGAAAACCCAGCCUAGUCGUAAAGGUAAAAAGGCUUGGCGUAAGAAUGUAGAUAUAACUGAUGUCGAAGAAGCACAAGAAGAAUUACGAUCUAUUGAAAGAGUGAUUGGACAUACUGAAGAAUUAAAAGAUGAAGAACUUUUCACAAUUGAUGUUGCUGGUGAUCACCAUGUGAAACGUAAGCUUGCAAAAGAUAAACCACUUCGAGUGGAUGAAAUAUUAGCACAAAGAUCAGCUGUACCUGCUAUCAAGUCAAAAAAUGCUUUCCAAAAGCCCGAGAUGACGGAUGAUGUCUUUUCAAAACAUGAAUCUAAACUGUUGAAGCGUAAAAUUGAAAAUAAUGCACCUCUUGUCCCUAAAAAGAAAAACAAAAAGACCCUGAAUGUGAAAUCAUAUGAUUUAUGGGAUGAUGAGCCAAAGAGAGAAGAAGCAGCAAAUGACUUUUUGCCUAUAGAAGAAAAAAUAAAGGCGCCCAAGACGAUGUUAAAGAAACCUAGUGCCUUAGAACAUGUACCUGCUAUUCAUACACCAGAAGGAGGACAGUCUUAUAACCCAACUUUAGAAGAUCAUCAAAGAUUACUUGCCAAGGCAGUUGAAGUAGAAGAACGUAAAGCAGAGAUUUUGAAGAAAUUACAAGAACAAUUAUCUUAUCGUGAAGAAUUAAAACUAUUGGCUGAUGAGUUGGCUCAUUCAGAAAUUACAGCAGAUGGUAAAAUAGUUACGACUGAAGCAGUAGAAGAAGAAGAAGAAGAAGAAAGUGAUAAAGAAGAGAAUGAUGAAUCAAGAGAAAGAAAAAAGAAAAAGAAAGGAGAACGCAAGACACGUCAAGAACGUCAUAAAUCACAUCGUCUAGCCACAGAAGAAUUACAAAAGAAACAAAGAUUACAAGAGCGUGCUAUUCGUCGACAGAUCCACAUGCUUCGUGAUAUCGAAAAGGAGCUUUCAGAACGAAUUGAAGAAUUAAAUGAGAUUGCAGAAAAGAGAGGUGAACGUAAAAUAGAAGAAGAAAAGAAAGGUUUAAAGAAGAUAGGUAAAUACACUGUACCGGAAUUACCUGUGGACGUUCAAUUGACAGAUGAAUUAUGUGAGACACUUCGACAAUUAAAGGUAAAUUUCAUAUAA